ACAUGUACAAUGAUCUUGUGAUACCUGAUACUUGCAGAUGUAAGGCGUGUAAGAAUUCUUCUGUGCCGGAGAAGAUCUUUGCCGUAAUUAACAUAUACACAGCAGCCCACGUUGUAUUUGAUGACCUUGAGGCAGAACACACCACGUGCCAUUUGUUCUUUGAUAAAGAAGGUAUUCCAGACACUUGUAGUGGUGUCGUCGCACUGAAUGGCUUUUACCGUUGGGCAGGGAAUCAUUAUGAAGAUCAUUGUCGUAUUGAGCACCAUACCCAUGACAUGGAUCUUGUACGUAGACUUAAGCAAGCGUG